AUCAGCCUCAAGCGAUGCCACCACAACCGGCAGAUCUGCAGGUCUCCCAGCAAAAGAGCCCCCGUGCCUGAGGAUGGAAGGCACUCCAGACCCUUAGCAAAAAGCACCACAGCAGUCAAAUCAAGAAAGGAACAAAGAUAUCAUAAGAUGUUCAACUCCAGCACAAACUCCUCGGGAAACAACUGCAGUCACAGCACAGUAAUAACCAAGACAGUCAUUCCCCUGGUCUACUGCUUCAUUUUCAUAGCGGGACUCCUGCUGAAUGGUGUAGCGGCAUGGAUCUUUCUCUACGUUUCUAGCAAAAAGAGUUUUAUCGUCUAUCUCAAAAACAUCGUUGUUGCCGAUCUCCUCAUGAGCCUGACAUUUCCUUUCAAAAUUCUCGCCGAUUCAGAAAUUGCACCUCCCCAACUCAACACGUUCGUGUGCAGAUACUCUGCUGUCGUUUUUUAUACAAACAUGUAUAUUGGGAUUACAUUUUUUGGCCUCAUAGGGUUUGACAGAUACUACAAAAUUGUAAAGCCUUUAUUUACCUCCAUUGUUCACACAGUCAACUACAGUAAGGUGAUCUCCGUUAUCAUAUGGUUAUUGUUGAUGCUUAUAUCAUUUCCAAAUAUGAUUCUAACCAAUGAAAUCACUAAAGAAAGUUAUUCCAGAAAGUGUAUAGGUCUUAAAAGUGAGCUUGGCAGACAGUGGCACAAGGCGUCAAGUUAUAUUUGUACAGGGAUUUUCUGGAUUGUUUUUAUUCUGCUAAUCAUUUUUUACACUUCCAUAACAAAAAAAAUAUACAGAUCUUACAAAAAAUUCAGAAGGAACUCAGACGUGACCAAGAGAAAAACCAGCCGUAACAUAUUCAGCAUCAUGUUUGUAUUUGUUAUUUGCUUUGUACCUUAUCACCUCUGCCGAAUACCCUACACCCUAAGUCAAACUAGCUCACAAUUCAACUGCCAGUCAAAAAAAGCUCUGUUCUAUGCGAAGGAGUUCACUCUUGUCCUGUCUGCUGCAAAUGUGUGCCUCGACCCCAUUAUUUAUUUUUUCCUCUGCCUACCCUUUAAAGAAAAGCUGUAUCAAAAACUGCACCUCAAGCUGCAAACUUCAAGUGAGGCUGAAAUUUCUAAAUCCAAAAGAUCAAACACACUUCGGGAAAGCAUAAAUAUCCUGUAAGCUCAGGUCUGUAAAACAACGCACUUAAAGUUAUGCAAGAAUGCAAAUGUCUCAAAGAAAUCAAACAGAUGAGAACCAGCAAUAAUAGAGAACAAAGGUUUCUGAAUAAAAUACCGAGUGGUGUUUCUCUGUAUAGAACAUUAUUGCAAGUUGUUGAUGUAUUUACUACGUGCUAUUUCAACCGAUGCUGUCCUCGCAUUAGAGUGCGAUAGGAGUGAUUAGAGUGUGAUAUGACCUAUCUAGACCUCAAAAAAAAAAAAGAGAGGAGUAACUGAAACAUGUUCUGGAGCUUCAGCCCUUUGUUCUCUGAACGCGUUAUCCAACAGAUCCAACUAUCAAAAGGAUUUGCUGGUGUUUCUCAUGAAGUCAGGCACCACACACAACGGUCAACAAACCAGCCUGAAAGCCCUGGGAACAAGGGAUCACUCUCACUCAGCUGCAACACAAGGAAUUUCAGCACGAAUCUCUCUGAUUUGGCCGCUACCGGAACAUAAAAGAGGAUGGAGAUCCUGAGAGGGAGCGCUCCUGUGUCCCUACCAGCACACAAAGCCAAGCACUGAAGGCAAUGUGCAGGUGAAGGAAAGGCUUGACUCCAACCACGGGGGGGAAAAAAAGGUUGAAGAAAAAAGAAUUACAGAUCAAAUCCUCAAUUAUCUGAACAGAGCCUGAAAAAAUCUUGGUAAAAUUGGUUUUAUAUGAUUUCCUAAGGGAAACAUUCUAUAAAACUAAGAAUUAAAUGUGAUUAUUUGUCACCUCUAGGUAUCAAAGGGCAGCAAGCGUUUUAAGAGAAUCCAACCGUAAACUAAACAGCACAGUUACACAGCGCCACAUUCCUCAAGACUCUUCUGAAAUAACACUGUACACCAAACGUGUUCACACUAAGCUGACAGAUUUCAGUAACUCCUUUUCUGCGUUUGCAGAAGGAGGUAAGAACACUCAAGAACCCGUUUGGAAACAUAUGCACAGCUGUCUAGAAGCUACGGGGUUUAUUUAAAUCCAGAAAGAAUGGUUUGUUUGGUUUCUUAAGCUUUUAGCACGAUGAUAAAGCUUUUCUCUCUGUACAAAGGUAAUGGCUGAAAGCCUCCAACCUUCUAUAUCUAAAUAUAAUCUUUCUGAACUGUAUUUUUCAGUGCAGCCUUCUUUUUUUUUUGAUUGAUUAAUUGAUUUUAUCAUUGUACAGGGAAAACACAUGAGUAGAAAAAAUAUCCACAAAAGCUUUCAGGCAAUGGCUCUGAAAAAUGAAUGCUUUCAUUUUACUUAAAGAUGAUAUCAGAAGAGAAAUAACAUGCAUUUCACCUUUCUGCCGCUGUGUUUCAUUUUAGCCCUAACGGCUAAUCUCUCAGGGUAAAGGAUUUUUAAAUAUAUGGUCUUUGAACCUUGUCCAGGCUGUGUGUAACUUCUCUCUGUCUGAGACCACCAACCUACAGUGACAGUAUUCUACCAGCACACAGGAUUAUAUUUAAACUAAAGGAACAGACAGCUCUUUAAAGCGCCUGCUGAGUUUAAACACAUCUCUGUGGAGAGCAAAAAUCAAUCUCCAUUGAUUCCAUACUUGCCUGAAGAGCUGUCCCACCACCCAGAGAGGCUGGAUGGCAUCUGACUGCAGGGGCUGGGGAUCCUCAGCCCGAAUCAGCCUUCAGGGACUACAGGAGAAAGUUGAUUUCGGUUGUCAUUUUUAAAGAAAACAAGAAAAAAUAUUAUUUAUGCAUUCUUUCAGAGCUCCCAGACUCUUGUCAAACAGACUUCACAGGCUCUUCCCUCCAAGUGAGGGAAAUAGUCUGCAGGGGAAGGGAAUCUGUUGCUUUGUGGGAAAUUUUUUGUCAUUUAUGGCAAAAAUAUUCAGUUCCUUACAUGGCACAGCUUGGUAUUUGCCUACGUAAAUCCAACUAAUUGCGCUUGUGAAAGCCCGGUGGCACACAGAGAUCAAACCCUUCCACAAGACAUAUUUAGAUAACUUUAAUUACUUUGCAACCUUUGAAAACACUAUUUCUAUUGUAAAACUGUUUCUCACUUACCAGAUUACUGAUAUCAGAACAACAAAAACCUACAUGAGGCACCGGGGGGAAAGCGUGCUGACCAACACACUUUUGAAGAAGUGACACUAAAUUUCUAGCUUUCAGUUCACUGAGAUGGGAAGGUACGGGGCCAAUUGUUUUUCUGCACUUGGUAAGUCAAUUCUUUCACCCCUUUCCAGUGCCUCGUGCCUCAGCCAGACUCAGGCAGCUCCUCACACACUCAGAAGGUUCGUGGUCACGCUUAGCACCAGCUCGUGCCUUGUCAAUUUACCACCUGGUGGAACUUCCCUAAAGUUCUUGUAGUGAAACUUAACGGAUAACCCAGAGCUAAACAAGGUUCCUGUGCAACGGCAACAUCAGCUGCAGCUCAUCCUCCUGCCGUACUCCUAAAUGCCUCCGUGGCACUGAAGGAACAAGAAGCAGCUGCCCCACGCAGCCCCAAACCUGUCUACACGCAACGCUGCGACGUAACAUUUCACAGCUUCAAAGAGCCAAAUAAAAGGAAAGGAGAACCCACAGUGACUCUGACAAACAUCGAAACUCGCUCCCCAUCCCUCCUGGCUACUCUGACACUCUGCCCCUUCUCCCGGCUCGCUCUCCUCUGGAGACCUGGGUUCCCCCUCGCGAGACCUCUCCCUGCCCCACGCCAGCAGUGAGCGCUCGGCUCAACUACACCUGCACUGGAGGGUUCUCAGAAGGAAAUGAUGCCGACUGACAGCAGAGCUCCAGAAAGCCUCUGGAAACUUUUUCUGGAAGCAAAAAAAAAAAAUCUUUCUCUACAUCAACAUGCAAACUGUAGAGGGAUAUCAGAAGGCAACUUGACACAAAGAGUUCCCACAUAGAUCUCUGGUGUGUCCAACUCAAAAUACAAGGCUCCUGGUGCUUUUUUAAAGGCCAUCUGGUUUACAGCUUAGAUGUUACUUUUCCCAGUUUUGUUCUCAGAAAUGAUUUAAUCAUUGUGACCCAAUUCCCAGCCACACCAGCACCCCAUUCCCUUCUCUGUACCACCCCCCAAUCCCAAGAGUCAGGAAUGCAUCAUGGAAAAUUUCAAACCAAAAGUCAAAAAUUCAGCAAAGUUUAAACCACCAAAAAUAGGGGUUUGUGAUGAGAAGCACUCAGCAACCCUCAUCACAGCAAAAUCUACCAUCUGCGUCUGUAAUUUAUGAAC